AUUCCACAGCCCUGUAGAUAGGAGGGGCAGAUGUUAAGGCCCAGUCAGAGAGAGAGAAUGGAGAGGCCUGUGCUGACACUGGGGCUGCUGGCCAUCCUGGUCGUGUGUGGCAGCUGGGGCCUGAACGAGGAGCAGCGGCUAAUCCAUCACUUGUUCCAAGAGAAAGGCUACGACAAGGCGCUCCGACCUGUGGCGAACAAAGAGGAGCGUGUGAAUGUGACCCUGGCCCUCACCCUCUCGAACCUCCUCUCCCUGAAAGAAGUUGAGGAAACCCUCACCACCAAUGUGUGGAUAGAGCACGGCUGGACAGACAGCCGGCUGAAGUGGGAUGCUAAUGAAUUUGGGAACCUCAGUGUCCUGCGCCUGCCCUCGGACAUGCUGUGGCUCCCAGACAUUGUGCUGGAGAACAACAAUGACGGCUUCUUCCGGAUUUCUUACUACUGCAACGUGCUGGUUGAUAAUUCAGGCUCUGUGUACUGGCUGCCGCCCGCUAUCUUCCGCUCCUCCUGCCCUAUCUCUGUCACCUACUUCCCCUUCGACUGGCAGAACUGCUCCCUCAAGUUCAGUUCCCUCAAGUACACGGCCAAGGAGAUCACCCUGAGCCUGAAGCAGGAAGUCGAAGAGAAUCACACCUACCUAGUGGAGUGGAUCAUCAUUGAGCGUGAGAGCUUUACAGAAAACGGGGAGUGGGAGAUAGUACACCGGCCAGCCAGGGUCAAUGUGGACCCCACCGCCCCUCUGGACAGCCCUGGCCGCCAGGAUGUUACCUUCUACCUCAUUAUUCGCCGCAAGCCACUCUUCUACAUCAUCAACAUCCUGGUGCCCUGUGUGCUCAUCUCCUUCAUGAUCAACCUGGUCUUCUACCUGCCAGCCGACAGUGGUGAGAAGACAUCAAUGGCCAUCUCAGUGCUCCUGGCCCAGUCUGUCUUCCUGCUGCUCAUUUCCAAGCGGCUGCCUGCUACAUCCAUAGCCAUCCCUCUUAUUGGCAAGUUCCUGCUCUUUGGCAUGGUGCUGGUCGCCAUGGUCGUGGUGAUCUGUGUCAUCGUGCUCAACAUCCACUUCCGCACACCCAGCACCCACGUGCUCUCUGAGGGGGUCAGGAAGCUCUUCCUGGAGACCCUGCCCAAGUUCCUGCACAUGUCUAGCCCGGCAGAGGAUGGGCCCCAACUUGGGGCCCUGGUCCGGAGAAGCAGCUCCCUGGGCUACAUCUCCAAGGCUGAGGAGUACUUCUUACUCAAGUCCCGCAGUGACCUCAUGUUCGAGAAGCAGUCAGAGCGGCACGGGCUGGCCCGGCGCCUCACCACUGCACGCCAGCCCCCAACAAACUCUGAGCAGGCCCAGCAGGAACUCCUCAGUGAGCUGAGGCCAGCUGUGGAUGGGGCAAACUUCAUUGUUAACCACAUGAGGGACCAGAACAAUUACAAUGAGGAGAAGGACAGCUGGAACCAGGUGGCCCGCACAGUGGACCGCCUCUGCCUGUUCGUGGUGGCACCCAUCAUGGUAGUGGGUACAGCUUGGAUCUUCCUGCAGGGUGUCUACAACCAGCCCCCACCUCAGCCUUUUCCCGGGGACCCCUACUCCUACCGAGAGCAGGACAAGCGUUUCAUCUAGGGGGGUCUUGUGGGGGCAGAUAUGUGGUGGGGGGUCUGAGAGGAUCC